UACUGUGGCUGUCAGUGUUGCAUUUUGUUUGUCAUCACUCGCGAAACAGUUUUCCGCUAGCGAAGUUCUUUUCAAUUCAAUUUAAUUAUCCCGAAAAACAGUUAAAAAUGGCUUUAGCAGACGUUUGUGGCCUUUCAAAAACGGGACUUUUCGAUCCCUCCCCAAUGGGCUACCAAUCCUUCCAGCGGGACUUGACCGUGGGCUGCCAAAACUUGGACAACAAUUUCUCGCUAGCGGUUCCGCCAUACCAGGACCCGGCUCACAAUUUGGCCAAACUGCAAUCCCAUGGCGAAUCCAGUGGAAUCAAGAUGGAUUUCGAUCACGGAACCACCACGCUUGGGUUCCGAUUCCAGGGAGGUGUCAUCUUGGCCGUGGAUUCCCGAGCCACUGGUGGUCAGUUCAUCGGAUCCCAGACCAUGAAGAAGAUCGUGGAAAUCAAUGAUUAUCUGUUGGGAACGUUGGCUGGAGGAGCAGCCGAUUGUGUUUACUGGGAUAGAGUGUUGGCCAAGGAAUGCCGGAUCUACGAACUGAGAAAUAAGGAACGCAUUUCGGUAGCCGCUGCCAGCAAAAUAAUGUCCAAUAUUGUUUACUACUACAAGGGAAUGGGACUUAGCAUGGGUAUGAUGCUGGCCGGAUACGACAAGCGAGGACCUCAACUGUACUACAUUGAUUCUGAGGGAACCCGAACACCCGGAAAAGUUUUCUCCGUAGGAAGUGGAUCCAUCUAUGCCUAUGGUGUUUUGGAUUCCGGCUAUCGGUGGGAUUUGAAAGACGAAGAGGCGCAAGAUUUGGGUCGACGGGCCAUCUAUCAUGCUACCCAUCGGGACGCUUAUUCCGGUGGCAUUGUGCGAGUGUACCACAUCAAGCCGACCGGAUGGGUCAACAUUUCCAACCAGGAUUGUAUGGACUUGCACUUCAAGUACCAGGAGGAGAAGGACCAGAAGUUCGGGGCUUAAGGGCGUUUGUUCGGUAUUCUACUAUAAAUGAAAAAAACUCCUUGCGAUAAUUUUUAAAAUUAAAAUAAAUAUUUGAUAAUGGAAUAAA